AGUCGGAGUCAGUUAGAGUGACAUCGCGAUCGAGGUUAUAAUCAAAUGCCUUCCUCCAAUAAUCGAAUAAUUGAGGCUAAUUGAGGCUUUUUACCGUCAAUGUGCAUAAUAUCAAACAUCCCAGUGCUUUUUCACCUCCGAAGAUCAGUUCCACCCCUUCCUCUCGCGGUAUGAAGUCAGUAAUAAUCGGGGAAUUCGUUCGAUUGGAGCAUGACCUCGAGCAGGCAGUUUUUCCGUGGUCCAUUUGUGGCGCAAAAUAGGAAUCAAUUCGACAGACAAACACGUUAAUCGCUCUACUCCAUUGAUUCGUCUCCUCAUCUGGCUGAAAGAACUGAUGCGGUGCAACCGAGGUAUUUCAUAACAAAUACUUCAGACGGUGGUAUGAGUGGUGCGGUAUCCAUGUAUGAUGGAUUGGAACCAGAGACAGGGAGUAACAAUGUCACCCUGGCGCCAGCUGGUGCAACGAAGAAAUUGGCACGAGGAAUAUCUCGUGCCACUGAGAAUGCUGCCAUCGUAUCCCAUGCUAGAACACAGCUGGCAGCAGUUGGGACUGUAGAUACACCUGAGUUCACGUUUUCCUUGCCAGAUCUGUCGGUUUAUCCUGAUUCCUUCCGUCAAUUCCUGGAGAAAGAUUUGAUAGAGGGUGGCUGCUUGACAUCCCUGGAGAAUACAGGAAGAUUGAAUUGGUGGUGUGGUGGAAAGAACAGUGGUACACGUGUACUAUGGCCAUUGGCAACAACAGGCGAUGGAAAUUGUCUUCUCCACGCAGCGUCUUUGGGCAUGUGGGGCUUUCACGAUCGAUUGUUGACCCUGAGGGAUGCACUCCACAAUACAUUGUCGAAGGGUGAAUACAGAGAUGCACUCUUUAGAAGAUGGAGGUGGAGGCAGAUGGGUUUGAAUGCAGCCGCUGGCCUGUCGUACACGGAAACCGAAUGGUUAACCGAGUGGCAGAGCAUUGUGGAAAUGGCAUCGGCGAAUCCACGAGGCCAGACAGCAACGUCUUAUCAGAGCCUCGAAGAGGUUCAUGUACUGGCAUUGGCGCACGUACUACGCAGACCGAUUAUUGUCAUUGCUGAAACUAUGCUGCGUGAUUCUGAAGGUGUGGCCUUGGCACCAAUACCAUUUGGUGGGGUUUACCUACCGCUGGAAGUUGCACCGGAAAAGUGUCAUCGUACACCACUAUUACUUGCUUAUCAUUCGGCGCAUUUUUCUCCACUGGUAACCGUCGAUGGGGGCAAUGAUUUUGGCGAUGGGGGUGGAUCGGUUGAAGGGGUUAGUAUACCACUUGUUGAUCCGGACACGGGACAACUGCUGCCUGUUUUAUUCGCUGUCGAUCCUGGUCCUGACUGGGACUGGAGUGUCAGCUCACAGGAUCUCUUGCCUUGUCAACAGGAUACUAUGGAAAUUCUGAUUAGAGAUUAUUUAGACUGUGAAUAUCAGACAUUAACCUCUGAAGAUUUGGAGAGACUCUCAGAAACAGACGGAUCAACCUCGAAUAAGAGUAGAACAGCUAGACAGCUGUUGGGUGUUGCUAAGCAAUUUGGAUCAAUUGGAAAGUCUGUGAGUAAAAGACUGUGGUCAAUGGCUAAGAGACCAAAGAGCCCACCGGCCUCAUCCACCGGUGCAAUAACCGAGGGUGUGCUCUGCGUGAGACUGAGGAGUCGACGUCACCAGUACGUGGAUCAAAUGCUCCAGAAUUAUCUACAGUGUGCCCACUCAAGAUACUUGGAGACACAUCAGAAUGACGCCUCGGGGACUGAAAUGAAUUACGGGGCGGGUAAAUCCAAGUUUUACGCUGCCAGCGAUAGUGGUAGUCACGCCAGUGUCAGUAAACUUCAGCCAAAAAAUACAAGUAGAGAUCGUACCCUAUAUCUCUCCAGGUCAACAUUUUAUAAUAACGAAAUAACCCCCGAGGACGCAGAGACACCAGAGGCGUGGAAGAAUGUUGAUAUGCAUGAUAGUGUACCACGUGAGUGUCGCAGUGAGCAUUGCCAAUUUUUUGGUUCACCAGAAAAUCAAUACUACUGUUCGCAGUGCUGGGCAAGUCGUAGACAACGAUGAUGAGUCUGUGUAAAUUCAUUAUUUUUCCUCCCUCAUUGCCCCCAUGACAAUAACCCAAAUAUUUAUUUUGCCAACGUUAUUGAAUAAGUCUAUCCUCCCACGCGAGUCCCAUGCGAUUAAAAACGGUUACUACAUGAUAAUGACGCAUGAAGAUGUAUAAAUUUUAAUGAGAUUCUCAGAGUUAAUUAAUCAUAAAGAGUUAACAAUUGAUGAUUAUUUGUUCAGCAACGAUUCUCGUUGCCUUUUCACGGUUGAGCUUCAGUGCUGUUUCCAGUGAUUUUGCUUUAAUUUAUUAACAAUUUUAGUAGGUGAAUCAUUAGGUUAAUAGAAUUGUAGUGCGAUAGGAGAGGAUUAGUAAUCGAGCUCGACGUGUUCAAACUACGGACGUAACCCACUGAUAUUCAUAAACCAGAGAUAAAUAGUACUUUGUAGAAUUAUCUGUUUAAUUAUCAAUUGCUAGUGGGUAUCGGUCUAAAUGUCCAGUGGAAAAUCCUGAUAAAAAUAUAUCGGUGUAAGAAUUCAGUAGCGAAAGGGAAAAAGGAUUUAAGGUAUAUCCCGAACAAUGUUACUCCAAAGUUGGUCCAUAUGGAUUUCUGGAAAAAAUUCUAAAUGAUUUAAGAGGAGACUGCUAUGAGUUUUAAGGCAUUUAUGGCGGGAUGGCCAUGUGGGAGGUGAGAUGGAGGGGAAUCUAUUGUUCUCUCACAGAAAACCAAUCGCUGAACAAAAAAAACGGUAUUUCAAUUACA